GAAACACUAUUUAAUGAAUAGUGGGAGUGUGCAACGCUCGGGAUUUAACACAGCACAGGCAGAAGCAUCACUCCAACCGGAAAACUACAAGUCAUUUUGUCUCGAAACAACUUCGGUGAAGCUUGAAUCAUGUGUGGGAUCUUUGCCUACCUGAAUUACCAAGUGCCUCGCACCAGAAAGGAGAUAUUUGAGACGCUGGUGAAGGGACUGCAGAGACUGGAGUACAGAGGGUACGAUUCAGCAGGUAUCGCUGUGGAUGGCCCUAGAAAGUCAACUACUGACAUCAACAGCAACAGCAUCUGCUUGAUCAAGAAGAAGGGGAAGGUCAAGGCCCUGGAUGAGGAAUUAUACAAGAAAGACUCGCUGGACCUGGAUGAGGAGCUGUGCACACACAUUGGCCUCGCUCACACUCGCUGGGCCACACACGGAGAGCCAAGCGCCGUCAACAGCCACCCUCAUCGCUCUGAUAAGGAUAAUGAGUUUGUUGUCAUUCACAAUGGCAUCAUCACCAACUACAAAGAGCUGAAGGAGUACCUGAUCACCAAAGGAUAUGAGUUUGAGUCAGAGACGGACACAGAGGUCAUCCCAAAACUGAUCAAAUAUGUUUAUGACAACCGAGAGAAUGACAGCGUCACCUUCUCCACCCUGGUAGAGAGGGUCAUCAAGCAGCUGGAGGGGGCCUUCGCUCUGGUGUUCAAAAGCCGUCAUUUCCCUGGAGAAGCUGUGUCCACCAGGAGAGGAAGUCCAUUGCUCAUUGGUGUGCGAAGCGAGCAUGAGCUGUCGACCGAAAACAUCCCCAUCCAGUACAACAGUGCUCACUUUAAGGAAGGGGUCCAGGAGAAGAACAGCCAUAACCGUCCUGACGGCUCCAAGGCCAUCAACUCUGUGGGGGAUGGCAGGGCUGUGGAGUACUUCUUUGCCUCUGACGCCAGCGCCAUCAUUGAGCACACUAACAAGGUGUUGUACAUGGAGGAUGAUGACAUCGCAGUGGUGACAGGCGGCAAACUCUCCAUUCACAGGUUGAAACGACAGGUUGGUGAGGAUCCAGUGAGGGCAAUCCAGACCCUGCAGAUGGAGCUGCAACAGAUCAUGAAAGGUAACUUUGAGGCCUUCAUGCAGAAGGAGAUAUUUGAGCAGCCGGAGUCAGUUGUCAACACCAUGAGGGGCCGGAUUUGUUUUGACUCCAACACAGUGAUUCUUGGAGGCCUGAAGGACCACCUGAAAGAAAUAAAGCGCUGCAAACGGCUAAUCGUGAUCGGCUGUGGCACUAGUUUCCACGCUGCAGUGGCUACCAGACAGAUUCUCGAGGAGCUGACAGAGCUGCCUGUCAUGGUGGAGCUGGCGAGUGACUUCCUGGACCGCAAUACACCUGUUUUCAGAGACGAUGUUUGCUUUUUCAUCAGCCAGUCAGGAGAGACAGCAGACACCUUGAUGGCAUUACGCUACUGCAAGAACCACGGUGCUUUGACAGUUGGUAUAACCAACACCGUGGGCAGCUCCAUCUGUAGGGAAACAGACUGCGGAGUCCACGUCAACGCUGGGCCUGAGAUAGGAGUGGCUAGCACCAAGGCCUACACCAGUCAGUUUGUGGCCCUCGUCAUGUUUGCGCUGAUGAUGAGUGAGGACAGGCUCUCCCUACAGCCUAGAAGACUGGAGAUCAUCAACGGCUUCAGGGUGCUACCAGAGCUGAUAAAGAAGGUGUUGUCCCUGGAUGAGAAAAUCAAGGCCAUUGCCAAUGAACUUUAUCAGCAAAAGUCUCUUCUGGUCAUGGGCCGAGGUUUCAACUAUGCUACCUGCCUCGAGGGGGCACUGAAAAUCAAGGAAAUCACAUACAUGCACUCCGAAGGCAUCCUGGCUGGGGAGCUGAAGCACGGUCCUCUGGCACUUAUAGACAAAGACAUGCCAGUCAUCAUGAUCAUCAUGAAAGACGCCUGCUACACCAAGUGCCAGAAUGCUCUGCAACAAGUCACUGCCAGAUCGGGACGACCGAUUAUCAUUUGUUGCCAGGACGACCCUGAGAUGACUAAGAACGCCUACCAGACCAUCGAGCUGCCACAUAUUGUGGACUGUCUGCAAGGCAUCCUCACUGUCAUCCCCCUGCAGCUUCUCUCCUUCCACUUGGCUGUCCUUCGAGGAUAUGACGUUGACUUUCCCAGAAACUUGGCCAAGUCUGUGACCGUGGAAUAAUUGCAGUUUGCAAAGCACAGGAGAGGAGAAAGGAGGCUCAUAGAUUUACAGUGCAAUUGUACAAUUGAAAGUUUUAUUAUGUGUGUGUGUGUGUGUGUGUGCGAGCAGAUGAAGGUGUGAGUGAGAGAAAGUGAAAGAGGGAGGUAUACGGUACAAUGACUUUAUAAAAACAAAAGAAAUGUGAAGUCCGGCCAAUACACUGCUGAGGAAGUGCCAGUGCCAUAGAGGCCUCGCGGAACAAUCUAUGAAAACAACUUUCACACAUCCAAAGCAACAUGCUGUGCCUUUUGUCUUAUCUUGAGUUGAGCCAAAAAAAACACAUAAAACAGGCUUAACAGAAAAGCAUUGAUAUGGUAUAUUGAAGUGUUUACAGUUGUGCAAUAUGGGGACCAAACGUGCAUUAUGAAUGUACACACUAUGGUGAUUAAUUCUCUUCUUGUUUUAUUAAUUUUAAAUCUAUUGGGGCCUUCUUACCUCUCUUUGCAUAAUGGGAAAUGUAGGAAUUUAACUGUUUAAUUCCAGAGAGUUUUCUGAGUUAUGAAUAUCUCAAUAUUGUAUAUUUUGUUGCACAUUCAUGCCAUCACUGUGCCUGGUGGGUCAUCAUUAACCCAUAAUUUAAAUAUUUCUAGCAAAAGUUCUUCAAUCUGUCAUAUUAUUACUUGAUUCUCUUAAAAAAAAAUGUUCCUUUUUAUUGUUUUAAUUUUAAUUUAAAAUAUAUUUUAUUUCUAUUCUGUUUAACAGAAUUGCAAUUUCCAAACUCAGUUCAUGGUAGAACAGGAGCCUUUUUUCCAGAUUUUCUUUAUACUUAUUUGUGUCAAAGGGUGGAGCCUUUCCACAAAAAUACAUGAGAAUUAUUUAAAGAGCACUCAUGCAACAAAAAAAUAAUGUACCACGACUUUCAAUAAUACUUUUGUUUUGUCUGUCAUUUGUAAGGGUUUAUAAUAAAGAUUAUAUUCUGUAUUUAUCUGAUUUUUAUUUUAUAGGGGCUUAAGAGAGGGUUUGAUUUAUAUCUUUAUGAUUGUAUUUUAUACUGUAUGUUUUUUAGACAUCAACUGGCACUAUCAAUCAAUAAAUAGAUGAAGCAUUCUA